AUGAGCGCGCAGCCUGGCGGAGCUCCCCCUUCCACCGCCACCCCCACCAACACCCCGACCCGCAUGCGUCAAGCCUUUGAGGUGGGCAUCAUCAAUCUCCGGGCCAGCAUGGACCGCCGCCAGGCAAUGGCCGAGGGUGCCAUCAUCUUCGACAUGGCUGAGUUCGAGGCGCUGAGCGAGCGCAUCUGGGACACCCGGGUUGAAAUCGCCAACCAGAUCCGCCGUUGGGCCGACCCCCGCGACGCCGCCAUCCUCGCCACCUUGUACCGCGAGCUGAUCGGGACAAUGCCCGAUGAGGAAGGCGUGGUCCCCUGA